AGCGUGUAGGAAGUUAUUUAUGUCGCAGGAUUGAUGACGACAAACUUCCGCGACCGACUGGAAAGUCAGGAACCAACUUCGCUAACUAGCAGGUUUUGAGCCUCGCGUUGGCAAUGGGGGACAUGAAGACCCCAGACUUUGAUGACUUGCUGGCAGCUUUUGACAUUCCUGACAUCGAUGCUAAAGAAGCGAUUCAGUCGAGUCCAGAGGAGGAGAAUCGGGACGAGGUGAGGACGAAUGCAGAGAAGAAAGAAGGUGGAUCUCCAUCGUGUUUUCCUGGACCUCCUGCCUCUCAGAGCGACCCUCCGGUUGUCAGCGUUAUUGUGAAGAACACAGUGCGUUCAGAGUCUUUUGAAGAGGAGGAAAACUCCGUCAGGGAUAAAACAGACAAUUCUCCGAGAAGUGACUCAGCCUCUCAGGAUUUCACCACGCAGAGUACUCCCAAACCACCUACUGAAGCUUCCAUGGAGCCCCAGAUUGCAAACGGUUUGGAGAAAUCAAAAUCCAACAUCGAGCCUUGGUCCCAGUCUUCACCUCUGAAGUCCACACUGGAUGAGAGCGAUAAAGGAACCAAACCUGCAUCGGUUCAGCACACAACAGAUGUCAUGAAUGACCUAAAGCCUCUCCUCUACCCUCAGGAUUCCAUCACUACCUUUCCCACCUCUCCUCCUCCUCCCUCUGUCAGCCCUCACCUUUCUCCUCCCUCCAGUGGUAACCCACGAUCCUCCCCUUUACCACAAAACGACAAAACUGAAGUCAAACACGUUACGCACACAGACGAAGACGACUCUGAACCAGACUUAGGAAGUCCACUGGUGAUCCAGGAGAGUCCAGAACCUGUAAUGUCCUCUCCGCCUAAAUUCAGACACAGAGCUAAAUUACCUCCGGACCUUCUCAGAUCGCCUGAAAUUCCUCUGACACUCACAAAACCCCAACAAGAGGAGGACGGGACCAAGCCCAGCUCUCCUCCCUCAGAUCCUCAGCCUCAGAGCAGCCAGGACAGCCUCCGUCCUGUCAGCUCCACAUCAAUCCACGAGGAAAAAUAUCCAGAGCAUGUGAUUGACGAGAGAGAUUCUCCUGAGAGCCCACCGCCCAGCGAGACGGGCCUGGUCGUCCCCAACAGAAGCAGCAGUCCCUCUGCAGCUGUGAAGGAACUCCAACCCCAAGAGGAGCCAGAAGACACAGAAGAUCUGAAGGAAAAGGUGGCUGGAGAUGAGAAGUUAAAUGAGACGAGCUGUGAUGCUGCUGCUGAGUCUGUUAGUGUUGCAGAGGCAGUUUCGCCUCCAUUGCAACCCCUCAAAGUUAAAAUUAAAAUGCCUAUAGGCAGCAUCACGAGGGCUGUGACCGGUGCUACGCCUAAAAGAAGCAAAAGAGCCACCAGAAAGAGCGGAUGUGGUUCAAAACCUGCACCAGAACGUCAAAACACCAGAUCCAAACGAGAACCGUCUGCGGAGGCGAUACUUCAGGACGGUGCAACGAAAACCACCAAAGUGAAAGUUUCCGCCGCAGCGGUGAACAUCACGAAAACCGCAGCGCUGCCCUCCGUCUCGUCUUCCAGGUCGAGUCCAGGUUCGAUCAACCUGCGCAGCCUCGGCCAGAAGACCAUCAAUAGCGGGAUGAUGCUGCCCACGCCGUUGCCUUUGCUGCCUCCUCAGACCAGCAGCCGGCCGGCCUCCAUAGUGAACAGCACUGGGGCCAUCAUUUCCAAGAGCCAGACCAACCUGGUGGACGCCUUCAACAAAAUCCUCAACAACAAGAACCUGCUGCCCAGUUACAAACCGGACCUGAGUGCUCCUCUUCCAGCAGAGUGGGGCAUCUCUCUUCCUGUACAGGGUUUCCGCUGUCUGGAAUGCGGCGACGCCUUCGCCCUGGAGCACAGUUUGGCGCAGCACUACGAUCGUCGCUCGCUGAGGAUCGAGGUGACCUGCAACCACUGCGCCAAACGUCUGGCCUUCUUCAACAAGUGCAGCCUGCUUCUGCAUGCCAGAGAGCACAAGGAGAGAGGCCUGAUCAUGCAGUGUUCACACCUGGUCAUGAAGCCCGUACCUGUGGAGCAGAUGGUCAGCCAGCAGGAGCACAUGGCACCUGCCAAGGCCAUGCCAAAGCCAACACUACAUAAUAAGAAAUCAGAAGCAGCUCACAGCGGGAGUAUUAAAUGUCCAGAGUGUCAGGCUCAGUUCAGCAGCAAGGAAGAGGUGGCUGAGCAUUUCCAGGAGAUCAGACCAGCACACAGCACUCCGUGCACAGACUGCUCUCCUCCCAUGCUGCUGCCCAACGGCUGCAGUUUAGCAGCUCAUCAGCGAAUCCACCAAAGCUGCUCGCCGCACGUCUGCCCAGAAUGUGGAGAAACGGCCAAGCAGACGUUGUUUCGGACACAUCUGGAGGAGACCUGUUUGCACUUUUCCCGCCGCAUUGGAUAUAGAUGUUCCAGCUGCCUGGUGGUGUUUGGAGGCCUGAACUCGGUCAAGUCUCACAUGCAGCAGGCUCACUGUGACAUGUUCCACAAGUGCCCCAGCUGUCCGAUGGCUUUUAAAUCUGCCCCCAGCAUCCAGAGCCACAUUUCUGCCCAGCACCCGACGCUCGCUCAGGGACAGCCCAUGUUGAUCUAUAAGUGUGUGACGUGUGACACCGUUUUCACACAGAAGCCUCUGCUGUACGCCCACUUCGACACACAUUUGACCAAUCAGAAAGUGCAUGUGUUUAAAUGCCCGGAGUGCACGAAGCUGUUUUCUCAGAGGAGUUCCCUACUGGACCAUUUCAAGACCCACAAAGCCUCUUCGCUAAAAGAGCCUUCAUCUCCGCCUGCCUCCUCCAGUUCUCGGCCUUCGGAGAGCUCAGACGGAGAAGAGUUGACGCACGAAGACGAGAAAGUGAAGACGGAGAAGAUAAAGCGUCCAUCUUCGUGGAACUGUCUGUCGUGUCACACGCGUUACACAGACCAGGACAACUACAUUAAUCAUAUGAGGGAGAAACACGGCAAAAAGCUGAAGAAGUUUCCCUGUAACAAAUGUGAGAACUCCUUCACCACCCCGUCCAAUCUGACUCGUCACAUCAGAGAUAAACACAAAGCUGCGAAUGGAGGCCUUCACUGCCAGUUUUGCACUGAUGGAGAGAAAACCUUCAGCAGCAGAGUGAUGCUGGAGAGACACAUUCUGCUGACUCACAUCAUGGACUGUGUGAACCAGGACACACUGACGGAAGCUGGAGAUGAAGCCGACAGCUCUUCAGAACAGGACGGCGGUUCAGUCGCUCGCCGGAGACGGAGAGGAGCUGUAAAUAUCGAUCAGGAUGAAGAGUCCAUGGACAACACGAGUCCGGUGAAGAAGCCGCGGCCCGACGCUCCCCCUGAGCCGGGGCUUCGCUGCGCCACCUGCGGCUUCACCACCGAGGACCAGGCCGCCUUCCUGGAGCACAUCAGCCAGCACUGGCGGUCGGGUUCGGAGGGCGGCGGGCUGCAGUGUCUGCAGUGCGGCGCCUGUUUCACCUCCACCUCCUCCCUGUCGCGCCAUCGAUUCAUCACUCACAAAGUCAAGGAGGCUUUCAGCGACACCCAGCAAGCCCUCGGCGCACAGCCAUCUCCCUCCCCCGGCAAAAGCAGGAACCACGAGGACCGGAGCUCGCUGAACGGUUCGGCUCCGGCGUCGCCCUCCGGCCAGCCCGACGAGGACGGAGCUCUGGCCUGUAAGGUGUGUGGGAAACACUUCGAGAAGGCGUCAGAUCUGAACACACACUUCAGAACUCACGGGAUGGCUUUUAUCAACGCACGGAACGCAGGAAAAACUACCUGAGAUGGCGAAAAAUAAGGGAAAAUCAGUGUCUGGAGGUGAUAAAAGAAUAUUUCCAAGUGCCUUUUUAUCGUUGAACUUGUGAAUUUUGCACCUCUGCACUGAUUUUACCAAAUAUUUCUGAUCGAUAUUGAAUACCCUGUGAUUUAGGGCUGCAGCUAACGAGUCUGUUGAUCAUUUUCUCGGUUGUUCGAUUACUUGUUUGGCCUAGAAAAUGUGCGAAAAUUAUGUGAAAUAACAUCUUUAAUUCUCCACAACCCAAAGAUUUUCAGUUUACUGUCAUAAUGGAGGAAAAAAAUGCAAAUAUUCACAUUCAAAAAGCUGCAAUAAGAGAAUUUAGACGUUUCAAACUAGUUACAGAUUAUUUAACAGUAGAAAACUAAUCGAUUAAUCCUGGAAAUUCUAAUAUGAUUCUCACAGACGAGCCUUAAUCUUAUUACACUCAGGUGCUGAAGCUGCAUUUGUGCUCCGUAAUGGUGAGAUUCGAGCUGCUUUCUUGACUUCCACGCGCCUGCAGAGUACUGAAAAUGAUGCAAUAAUAAUCCUGCUGUGAUGGUGAUAGCUGUUAGAAUGAAUGUGGAUGAGCAGCGACAGAAUGUGCCUGUUGUGAUUUCAAUAUUUUCACUCUGCUGAGGAGAUUCUUAAACUGUAGUCCGGGUGUUUUAGUGAAAAGUCCCUCUUUCUCGAGUGGUUCGGGUAUAAUGUUGACUCGGGUACUUUUAAAGAAGUUUUAACUUAUUGCCGGCCAUUUUCCAAAGCAUGCGAUCCAAGCUGCAUUACAAAUGACACACCUGUUCCUUUUAUUAUGUCCUGCAGCUGCCCUUAUAAAGAAUGUACGUGGAAAAUACUGUUUCUUCAUGCUUUUUGCACCGUUUUAAGCUUUUACUGUCUUACUCUUACAUCCAAUGUGAAAUAAGGUGUCAUUUAUUGGGUUAUCUGAAGUUUAAAAUCAAACAUAACAUCAUUGCGACUAGUCGUAAUCUGAAUUUACUGCUCAUGAGGAUUCCCAUUGGAUCAGCAAGAACAAAAGCUUCAUUCAUGGUUAAAAUUGACAGCGUAUUGUAAUGUAUUUUGCACCUAGACACACUAAUGGACCUAUAAUGAAGUCUGGAGAGGCUCAGAGCACUCGCCUCCUGUUGUGGGGUAACUUUAGCUGAAAAUGUUGGGGUUUUUAGCUAGUUUUACAGCACUAGUAUGUCUGAAAACCAAGCCUUCUCCACCUGCCACUCACAGUAGCUUCUGACACAUAUAAGACAUAUCUGCAACAUCAUUGAACCGAGCCAAUGGUCUAAUUUAGUAAAUCUUUAAUUACAUUUUUUUUAACUAAUUAGAAUUCCAACAAGAUAGAUUUGACUUGCGACCCAAUGUAGUUGGACUUUUUAAGGUAUUUUUGGCUGUUUACAUUGUUUUAAAACCUUCUAAAUGUUCUUCUGACAUACUAGAUAGUGUGGUAAUGUCAGUAUUUUUAUUUCAGAUUGACACCCAACAGUUGACUUUAGUACAUUUUGUAGAGAAAAUGAAAUUAUUGAUUGGUCCACCCAUUCAAUUUCUUUUAGUGUUUACCUAGACAAUGGUUUCUCACUAAGCUGCAAUGAAAUCAUACUAACAAAAAGAUGUGAUUAUGUACUAAAAGUCCUAUAUUUCCCAUUUAAAUAAUCGUACUCUGACAUCUGAAACCUUUUUAUUACCGUAGGCUCAGCUUUGCAAUCUAAUUCUCCACUUAAAAGUGGAAUCACGUCAUGCAUCUUCACUGCCAGGUCUGUAAAUGCACUUAGUGGUGUAGUCACAUUAGUGUCAAGACAGACUUUAAAUCCUGUUAAUGUCGACUGUUAUUCAUAAUCCAAGAAUCUCAGGAACUUUCAUUUAUAUUUCUGUUGAGGUAAAAUGAACAUGGACCAACAACUCUCUUCUGAAAUCACACCUAAAAACUGUGACUGCUUUGGAAAAUGGUUCGGCAAUAAUGCACCUUUUUAGACUCACUAUAUUUAUUGGGGUGAAACUUUCAAAAACCUUUGAAAUGAAUACCUUUUUAAAUGGAAAAGUACUGUAUUUAUAUCACCUUUAUUCCAUCUCAGUGAGCAAGAGAUUUAUGGUAAUUCUGAUUUUUGCUGUGUUUUUUUUUAUUUUUUAUGCAGGCAUAUGUGUGUCAAAAUCUGGCUUUAUGAGAUGACUGUAAACAAAAGAUUAGGGUGUAUUUACUGUCUGUUCCUUAUGUUUUCUUAAGAACACAAGAGCACGCUAAACAAUGUGUUUCUUCAGUGUUUGACACUGCUAAAAAUACUUAAAAUCUUUCUUCUGUAGAAUGGAGUAAAGAUAUAUAAUCAGAUGUUCCAUGUGCAGUAUCAUUUAAAUGUCAAAGACUAUUACCUCUAGAUGAUUGCAUUACUUCUACUAUUACUAUUUCCUCUUAUGAACAAUCAAAAACAAAUACAUCAAAAUGAUUAUAAUAAAAUUCAGGCCCCAAAGUAGAAAUUCAAUGCAACAAAAAAGUGAAAACAUUUGAUCGUUGAAGCUAAACUGAGUCCACCUGUGAUUUCCAACCAGCCUAACUAUCUGAACAUGGUUCUAAAAUGAGCUGUGAACAGCAGAACGUCCUCGGUUUUGGAUCUGCAUGUCUGCAUCAUGGCUCCACGUGGAAAAGAAUUUACACAAGAACUACAAAAUCUGAUUGUGAGACUUAACAAACAUGGAAAAGGACACAAGAAGACCUGUUAGCAACUAAGCAUUAGUGGAAACACAGUAGCAACAGUAAUCAGGAUAUACAGAAGGAGUCAUAGUAGCACUAAUCAUGGCUGCAGUGGUCGUCCUCCUAAAAUGACUCCACAGACAGUGAACUACUUUCACAAUCUAGCUGUAAACAAACAGACCGCAGAUGCUUCAGACUUGGUACAGGAGUUAUCAACGGAAAUCAGAGUUUCUGUGUUGCUCAAACAGAGCGAAAGAGAAUUUGUAACAUCAACCUCUGUGGAUGCCAUCCAAGAAAAUAAGCCAUUUCUGUCUCCUUUGCACAAAACAGAAGCCUGAUGAAUGUUGGGAGAACAUUCAUGAAGAUAAAUGAGUUGGGCUCAGAUGGAGUCCAUCAUGUUUGGUGUGAACCUGACCAGGACUACCACAGUGGAUGCAUAGUCCUGACAGUGAAGCACGGAGGUGGAAGUAUGAUGAUGUGAAGCUGCAUGAAAGCAAUAGAUGCUGGGGAGACAACAUUUAUAGAUGAAUAUCUGUGGAUAAAUCAAAAUACUGGCUGACAAGAAGCUUGGAGAAGAGGAAUAUUCCAGUGUAAGAAAGUUAGAACAUCAGUCUGUCAUCAAAAGUAAAGAUGGACCUAAAAAAUACUGAAAAAAAUAACAAAAAUUUGAACCUCCGUAAUGAAAGAUGUACUGUCUGAUUUUACAUUUAGUUGAUAUUGCACAUUUACUUCUGUUGUAUACUGUAUUUCUGCCAGCGAUACAUCAACAGUACCUGUAGACAGAGCUAAUAAUAUCUAUACAAUGUUUAGUAAAAACUAAUUCUGUCUUUAAUGUGCUGCAGUCAGUAAUGACCUGUGUGUGUGUUUACUUUCUCAGGAUUUUAUUUAGUGCUUUAACAAGAAUGCUUCUAUUUAUCUGUUUUUGCAUUGACAAAACUGUUUCUAACCAAAUGUUUAUAUAAAGAAAAUAUUAAUAAAAACUGGCACACUGGG